AUGAUUUCGUCGAAGGAUACGCGCCUCGCUCUCAUACAUAUUCCUUUACAUCUGUACUCCAGCUUCCUUCAAUCCAUCUUACAACUACUUUUACCAAAUGCAUCCCGUAGUGGCUUCCCCAAUAGCAACGACGGGGCGGUCCAGCCUCCUAGAGACUGGCCUUACGAGCACCCCUUCGUGAACAUCUCUGUCACGCCCAUCGAGUGCUCGGUGGUAUGUUCGCGGACGCUAGCGACGGAUUUGUUCAUCCCGGUGCUCAACUUGCUCGAUGUUCAAUCUAGAAGCCAGGUGAACAUCACUUCCGAGGAUUUCGUGGUAAUGCAAGUCGAUGGCGAAGGGCUUGAUGCAGGUCAGCGUGUCCUGGAGCUCACAAGUCCUCUUGCUUUAGCCGGCAUCUCAAUCUUCUUUAUUACCACGUAUUUCUCAGAUUACAUCCUGGUCCCGCUUCGUCACAGAGCGCAAGUCAUCCAUGCCUUGGAAGAGCAAGGCUUUCAAUUCGAGGACCAGACUUCGUCGUAUGUCAAUCCAUAUAACUACAACCGCAAACAUUCGUCAGCCUCGAGCGAUAUUCAAUCACCCAGCACGCCUCCACCGGCGACGAUAUCGGAGCUACAAAUCAGGACGUUCGCCACCCUCAAGCGCCGCAAUAUCGUCCCCACAGUCUACUCAGGCAUUCGUCUUGUCCAAUGUGCCGGCCGUAGAGAUGGUGCAAACGGCAUGAGUCAGAACGGCAACCGUAACAGUAUGGUCAGUACAGCAGACGAUGCGCUUCACCUCGGUCUUGUAAAAUGCCUCAUCUCGCCACCAUAUCCGAAGUUUUUAUCCCUCACGCUGACCGACACUGAACCGGCAUCGCUACUUCUCGACCACACACUGCUCCCAAAUUUCACACAAGACAUCUUGCUUGGCUCCAAAGAGGACUAUCUUACACCUAUCACGCUCGACCUUCGCAACCUCCCAAUGGAAAGCACCGGUAUCGUCUGUGGUGUGGCUGGCCGUCUAACUGGAGGUACGAUCGGCCAAAUUGAGAGCCCUGUAGAAAUGAGUUACCUUAGCACAGCUCGAGCAGGAACGGUCAUGGUCCCAGAAGAAGAAUUAGGGCGAGCUUUGAACGCCUUGCAUGGUGCAGCAAACGGUGCCUUAUCGUCACUGGACUAA